GGUCCUCGCACCUUCAAACAAUUUAAAUCCUUGGGUCACGCACACUGCCCCAGCGUAAUAGUACCCUAGCAAAAAGCCACGGUUGCUAAGCUGAAGUGAAGCACGCUUUAAAACGUAGAGUUCUCCCUCUCAGCUCAGACAAAAAUCUUUAAAAGCGCGAAAAAAAUCAAAUCAAAUUGCACAAUACACCUGAUUAAUCUUCUCCUCUUUUCUACUGCUGCUUCUCCUUCUUCUUCCUCUCCUAGGGUUCAAUCCCAUUUCUCAUAAUAAAAUGUCUAACCCUAAGUCUGUUGAUCCCUCCCUCUGGUGGGACCCCUUCACUUCCAUUCUCACUGACCUCGAAAACGCUCCUCUCUCAUCUCAACUCCCUCCUUCCAUAGAGAAGAAGCUAAAGCGAAAUCAUGCUUGGUUCGUGGAUACAGUCUCUCGAUUCAAGCCACCAAAUGCAGAAUCGAGACAGGCUUUGAUUUCGAAGCAAGUGAAAGUUGGUUCUCAUGAAUUGAUUAUAAAGCCUGAAUUGAAAGAUAAGGCUUUGCAUAUUAGUUCUUAUUUGUCUUUAGACGAGGUACAGUCGUACAUUCUUGUGGAAAGGUCUCUCGAGAGCCAUGGUUUAGCUGUUGAUUCCAUAGUUGAAGAAUAUCUUCAUGUGGUUUUGCUUGAGUAUUACAUUGAGCGACAGUGCCUGCUGAAGUGUAUCAGACAGAUUCUCCUUCAUGCUUUAUACUUUGGUAUUAGCUCAAAAGGAGAAAAUGUCAUCAGGGAUGAGGCAAAGAAGCUGAUUUCUGAUGGAUUAGAGCGGAAGUUAAUCUCUAUUCUGCAGGACCUGUUAUCCUCUAGUCCUCCUGAAGAGAUGGAUGUUGAUCUUUUUACUUUGUGGGCUGAGGGGACACUGAUUGAAGAUAAUUUGGUUUUGGACAUUCUCUUCCUCAUUUAUUACGAGUCAUUUUGCCUUUGCAAUGGUGAAACAUGGACAAAGCUAUGCUCACUUUACAAGGGGAUCUUAUCUGGGUCUUAUAACUUCGGAAAGUUGGCAAUAUCAAGUGAAGCGCUGAAGUCUUCUCAUCAAGCCAAAGUCCAGUUACUACUUAUCCUUAUGGAAACCUUAGACUUGGAAAAUCUUCUUCAAUUGGUUCAUGAUGAAACCCCUUUCAGGCCGGGUGCUUCUUUAUUUUCCAUAGCUGAUAUUCAACAGAUGGAUGUGUUGGUAUCUAGUUUUAAUGCUUAUGAAACGAAAGAAGCUGGUCCAUUGAUACUUACAUGGGCAGUAUGUCUCUGUCUAAUUACAUCACUUCCUAAAAAAGAAGAACAUAAUGUGCUAAUGGAGAUUGAUCAUGUUGGUUAUCUUCGCCAAGCGUUUGAAAGUGCAUCACUGAAUUAUUUUCUUGAAAUUCUUGAUAGUGAUUUGCUAAAGGAGUCAGAUGGACCCGUUGCUGGUUAUCGAAGUGUCUUAAGAACUUUUGUUUCGGCAUUUAUUGCAUCUUAUGAGAUUAAUCUUCAGUCGGACAAUGGUACCCUUAAUCUCAUAUUGGAUAUUCUUUGCAAAAUUUAUCGGGGAGAGGAGUCAUUAUGUAACCAGUUUUGGGACAAGGAAAGUUUUAUUGAUGGCCCUAUUCGAUGUCUUCUCUGUAGCUUAGAGGGUGAAUUUCCCUUCCGCACCGCAGAACUACUUCGCCUUUUAUCAUCCCUUUGUGAGGGGAGUUGGCCCACAGAAUGUGUGUUUAACUUUCUUGAUAAGUCUGUUGGUAUAUCGUCCUUGUUUGAAAUUACUAGCGAGUCAUUGGUGGACAACAUCUCACAAAUUGUUGAAACUAACUUACUAUUGCAUGUUCCUGGGGUGGAAGGUCUGUUUAUUCCCAAUAAAACUCGUGGACAUGUCUUGAAAGUUAUUGGUGGAAAUACUGCUAUUGUACGUUGGGAGUAUAAGCAAUCUGGCUUACUCAUUCUACUUCUGCGUUUGGCCCAAGAGCUGUAUUUAGAGAGCAAUGAUGAUGUUUUUCUCACUCUUGACCUUCUUAGUCGAAUGGUGUCUUUUAGCACGGCUGUAACUUUUUCUUUGAUGGACCUUGGCAACUCAUUUUAUUUUCAAGAUGCUGGAAUGAAUAGACAGAUGGAAAGGAAUUCAUGGGUGGUUGACAUUAUUUGUGCGGUAAUAAAAAAUUUAUCUCCUACUUCUGCUGGUGCUGCAGUGAUGUCCAUGGGUGUCAGUAUUUUGGCAAAGAUGUUGAAGUGUUCUCCAUCUCAUGUUGCUGCUGCUGCUCUGAAAUCAAAUAUAUUCGAGAUGACCUUAAAGACAAGCAUGUACGAUGUUGGCUAUGAUGGCAUACCAACUAACAUUAGAGGGUCAUGGAUGCUUCCUGGGAAACUGGCAAAAAUGCUCUUAAUAGACUGUGAGCAGAAUGACUUUGAGAAUCCUUUAACAAUUUCAGUGCUGGAGUUUACCAUGCGGCUGGUGGAGACAAGAUUAGAUAAUGAUCUUGUUCUAGCUUUAGUUGUUUUCUGUUUGCAGUAUAUUCUAAUUAAUCAUGAGCAAUGGAAAUACAAGGUGAAACUUGUUAGAUGGAGAGUAUCACUGAAGGUGUUGGAGUUGAUGAAAACAUGCAUCAUGUCUAUUUCAUUUUCUGAAAAAUCGAGUGCCGCUAUCCGCGACAUAUUACUAUGUGAUUCUUCUAUCCAUAGUGUAAUCUUUCGACUCAUAUGUACAACUAAACAAAGCUUGGAGAACCUUUAUGUCAGCCGGCUUGUUGAACUGGUCGACAUAGAUGGGUUUCAGUGUGCUAUCAGUUCUGCUUUAGAUAUUCUGUAUAUCAUGCUCUCCAAAUUUUCUGAGGAUCUCUCACCCGGUCUUCCUGUCUUUCACCAAGCAGUGCUGUCAUCUUCAACAAAACCGAUUCCUGUUGUUUCAGCUGUUAUGUCUUUGAUAUCAUUUACUCGCAAUCCUGAAAUACAGGUUGGGGCUGCUAAGGUAUUAUCUUCAUUGUUGAAUAUGGCAGAUUAUUUACAACCGUAUUUUUCUAGCAAUAUGUGUUUUGGUCUAGAUGAUGAGCAGAUUGCAGAUUUCAGGCAUUCAGUGAAAAGCACAUUGCUUGAACAAAUGGAUUGGAAUGAAGAUCUAUUUGUUGCUAUAGUCAACCUGCUUACUGCUGCAGCCAGUCAUCAGCCUCCUUUUCUUGUUGCCAUUUUAGCUCCAGAAGCUGUUACGGAAGUCCAAUCAAGUGAUACUGGUGUCUUGAAACAGUCAACGAGGGAAACUUCCAAUGGUUCCUUGCAAUCUCAUAAAUCAAGUCUGCUUGAUGCACUUAUGCAAAAUAUUGAAAAAGGCGGUGAUUUUAUCAACAGCAAUCCUCGUCUACUGGUUGUUGUACUUGAUUUCCUAAAGGCAUUGUGGCAAGGUGCUGCUCAGUAUAUAAAUAUUUUGGAGAGCCUAAAGAGUUUUAGACUGUUCUGGAAGAAACUGUCCAACUGUAUUUCAUUAAUAACUAGCUCAGAAAGGCCUGUGCUUGAAAAUCUGACCGAAAAGGAUGCUCAAAGCUUGGCAUACAAAUACCGCUGUCAAUCUGUCAUAUUGGAAAUAAUGGCAUAUGAGAUGUUUCUGAAGAAAAAGCUAUUACAUGCUGAAUCACUUUUAAAAGAGGUCCCUCGGUCUAAGGGCAACACAGAAAAUGCAGUGAACUUGGAAAAAUCAAAAUCUGCAAAUGAUUGUGAUUUGAAGGAUAUCAUGUCAAGUUGGUGUGACAUCUCUAUUUUAGGCAAUCUAAUCAAGUCAUAUACUUGCGAAUUUGACAAUGAAAUUUGUUAUCAUGCAAAGGUUGCUGCCACUUUGUUCGUUGUUCAAGUGAUGGUGAAAUUAGGAUCUAGUGAUGCUGGAAGUUUGUCUAUUUCGUUACUUGAGAAGAUCCGAGUCACAUUUGAAAGUUUAACCUGUCAGCCAGCCUUUUCUGAACUGUUGGCUCAAUACUCACAACGGGGCUACAGUGAGGGGAAGGAACUAAAAGGUCUAAUUCUCAAUGAUCUCUAUUAUCAUUUACAAGGCGAGCUUGAAGGCCGUAAAAUGGGUCCUGGGCCAUUCAAAGAACUCUCUCUGUUUUUGGUUGAAUCAAAAUGUUUGCAGAUAUACCAACAAAAGUACAGUGAUGAAUGUUUGGCAGAUGUAAAAGAUAUCUACUUGUAUGACCUCAUUCGUAUAAAAACAGAUUUGGGAUUAGAUAUGUGGGAUUAUACAGAGUGGAAAGAAUAUAAAGCAAUUGCAGAAACAAUGUUGGGUUGCAUGCAGCAAAUGAAUUCAAUGGUUAUUCUUUCAAGUUCAAAGCUUUCUAUGCUGAAAGCAUUGAUAACUGUCUUGACUAUGUAUGAAGGGAAUUUGCUGGAGAAAAAGGCCACUACUGGCGGGAGGAUCUCUGAUCAACUCUUCUUGUCAUGCAUUGACCACAUGUGCCGAUGUUUUCAUGUCACGGUGGAAUCGUUGGCCCCAGUGCUUGAUGCCUCUGAAGAGAUUCUGAAUUGCGUUUGGACACAAGCAGAAUUACUUCUUCAUCUUGUAAGAUUAGCACAAGGCAGCAUUACUUUACCUGCUUGUGCCCUUGUUUUGAAAACCUCUGGUGUUGGCCUCAAAGCAAUGACUGACUUCAGGUCAUCCAUUAGUAGGGUUGGAAAAACAGUGAAGAUCUUGCUUAUGCUGCUUCUCUUUGCACUGGAGUUCAGUAAAAUUCCAGAUAAGGAAUCUGAAGGCUUUGCAGAGAUUUCAAAUGUCUGCCUUGGAUUAUUGCCUAUUCUAUGUGAAUGCACUACUGAUGAGCAUUGUGGUCUCUCCUUAACAACCAUUGACUUGAUACUCAAAAGUUUUUUGACACCAAAGACUUGGUUCCCCAUCAUACAGAAACAUCUUCAGUUGCUGCAUGUUAUUCUGAAGCUUCAUGAAGAUAAUUCUCCUGCAUCCAUUCCAAUUAAAUUGAAAUUCCUUCUGACUCUGGCACGUGUGAGAGAAGGUGCUGAAUUGCUUCUUAGUGCUGGCUUUCUAUCAUCUCUUCAGGUGUUAUUUGGCAAUUUAUUAGAUGGUAGACCUUCCACAAUGACUGUUAGCAACAUUGGCUUCCUGAAAUCGUCUGAAAAGGAUGACAAGUCUCAACACAUUUGGGGGCUUGGCUUGGCAGUGGUCACAGCUAUGGUUCAUUCUUUGAAAGACAGCUCUUGUACGCAUGUCAUGGAAAAUGUAAUACCAUACUUAUUUUCAGAGAAAGCAAAUUUGAUUUCUUAUUAUCUUGACGCGCCUGAUUUUCCAUCUGAUAACCAUGACAAGAAAAGAUCACGGGCGCAGAGAACUCAAACUUCUUUGAAUGCUCUCAAGGAAACAGAGCAUACUCUCCUUUUUAUUUGCACUCUAGCAAAACACUGGAACGUCUGGGUUAAAGCCAUGAAAGAAAUGGAUUCACAGUUGAGAGAAAAAAGUGUCCACCUAUUGGCUUUUAUUAGCCGAGGAACUCAUCAUCUUGGAGAAUCUACUAGUAGAAUGUCCCCGCUCUUAUGUCCUCCUAUGUCCAAAGAGGAAUUUGAGUGCUGCAAUAAACCAUCAUUUAUAAACAGCAGGAAUGGAUGGUUUGCACUUUCACCUAUCUGUUGUGCACCAAAGCCCAAACCUUCCGCUGUCUCAGCUACCAGUACUGCUCUUGCAAUCAAGAGUCAAUCAACUGAAAUUACAGGUCCUGUGUCUCCAUCAUAUUUCUCGGACCUAGUUGGCUUGCAGAUUUAUCGAAUUGCAUUUCUUCUAUUGAAGUUUCUCUGUUUAGAAGCAGAGGGCUCUGUUAAAAGGUCAGAGGAACUAGGAUUUGUCGAUCUUGCUCAUAUUCCUGAGCUUCCAAUGCCUGAGAUAUUACAUGGCUUGCAGGAUCAAGCAAUUACUGUUGUUUCUGAAAUCUGUAAUGCGAACAAGUUGAAGCAAGUUCAUCCUGAAAUCCAAGACAUCUGUCUCAUGCUGCUUCAAAUAAUGGAGAUGGCAUUGUAUUUAGAGCUUUGUGUUCUGCAGAUAUGUGGAAUAAGACCUGUACUAGGACGUGUGGAGGAUUUCUCGAAAGAAAUCAAAUUGCUAUUAAAUGCAAUGGAGGGGCAUGCUUUCUUGAAAUCAUCUAUAAGAUCCUUGAAACAGAUCGUAUCACUAGUCUAUCCCGGAUUAUUACAAACUGAAGGUCUCUUGUGAAAUACUUGGCAGAGAUAGGUGAACUGUAGUAGGUUUAGAGAGAGAAUGAAAAUGUAGGCAUAGAAGACAGACAUUUUGCUACUCUUAAAGGUACGAGUAAUUUCUGUUACCUCCUUUCAGUUCCAGCCUUCUCUUCCAGCCACUCCUUUUUGUGAUUGAAAGGAGAUUUUUUUGUUUCUUUCUAACAAAGAUAUGCAGCAUAUGCUCACCAGGAAGAGGGAAUGUAUAUUUGGCGACAUUCAUCAUUGUUAUCAUGCGAUAAUUGAAUUAUUUGCAAGUCCUUUUUUUGUUCCUCUUCAACUUCUGCUUAGAAGGGCCCUGCCCCUUCCCAUCAAGCGUCACAUGCUCUAAAGAAUUUAGUACUUCUAUUUUGACAUAUUGCUUCGAUCGUUAAAUUACCAUAAUUCCAAACAAGCAGAUAGGAGUUGAACUAGGCUGCCAUUAUCCAGAGAGACAAUAAUACGUCUCCCAUUGCGUGUCUUCCUUCUGUUGUCUGUCACCUACUUUUAUCUGUUGUAGGGGUGAUUAAAUGGAAACGGGUAAUUUACACUGUUGGGAUUUUUAGUUUUACAUUUCUUGGUGAACAGCAAUGUUUUGAUGAGUUUGAGGUUCUGCCAUGGCAAAAAUUGCUUUUGCUUGAUAAUCUUUCACAGCUUAUAAUGUUAUUUUGCUGAUGAGAACUUUAUAAAGAAACACACUGGACGUGGUGUAUUAUCUAUGGCAAGUUCUGGUCCUGGAACUAAUGGGUCUCAGUUUUUCAUCUGUACUGCUAAAACUGAGUGGCUUGAUGGUAAAAACACUUCAUGUUUGGUCGUGUUGUCAAGGGUAUGCAUGUUAAGGCUUUUGAGAAGGUUGGCGCUUCCUCUAGUCGGACUUCUAAGCCUGUCAUUGCCGAAUGCGGCCAGCUUUCUAAGGUCUGACCUCUACUAGUUGUCCUCGGUGAUGGUGUUGGUGGCCUUUUUCCUUAUAAAUUUGGCUGUAUGUUUUCUGUUUUUGAGUUAAAUUUAGGAUCAUAUGGUGUUUGGGGGUUAAUGCCUGGGGUUUUAGCGAAUCUUCUACUUUUAUGUUGAUCAUGAAGUACCUUGUAAAUAAAAUGUCUUCCUUUUUUCUUUAAA